CAUACACCAUCUUAAUAUCCUUGGGGACGGAACACAGCAACGAUGAAAGCGCCUCCGAGAGCGUCGCCGAACACCUCAAGUUUCGGCGAACUGUACCUGCAGUACCAUGACAUCAUCGGAGUGGCCAUGCCCAUUUUCCUUUUCUUCGGUCUUCUUAUUAUGUCCUGCUUCCAGAAGAAGAGUGCAAAAAUGCCAGGCCCAUAUAGGGAUCGUGACUUUCUUCAUCAGCAAGAUUUGGUCGAUUCCGAGAUCCGAAGACACCAUUUGGACUUCAAUGAGCACCUCCACAGCCGUUUUGAGGGACAGCGCUUUCUCCAGGUGAAAGGAGAGUAUGGCUGCUACAUUGCCUUCAACUACACCACAUGUAAGGAGGCCUUUUGGCAGGAAAUCUUUCGGCCAAGCUGCGUGUCAUGUCCAACCGUAAGCCCAUCAAAGGCUUGGUUGAUGCAGGUGCUGGUCCCUAUGUUGGUGCGGAGCGGCGUUCUGGGCAUUGGUUCUGGCUGCGUGAUGAAUGACCACUCAUCCUUUAGCUCCAAUCCUUUUCCAGAUGGCCGCUUGGUGGCGCUGAACACAAUGUCAAAGGCAGAUCACACCCGGGUGCUACGCUAUGUGCACAAGCACUACACGCAGGAUGCUUUGGAAGAUCUGCGCGGUCAUAUCCAAGAGGUCAUCCAGCAAUGCACAGCUGAUUUGGCUUCUGGAAAGGUUGAUGGUGUUCAAUGGGCAAAGCGAAUACACAUGUCUGGAACUCUAGCACGCUUGGGAGUCAAGCUUGGGUGGGAGAAGAUCGAUGAGAUCGUGAUGUUGAACGACGCAAUGGUGGCCUUGGUGGCUCCCCUUGGAGGAGUUGGAUUGCCCAAUGAAACACUGCCCUGGACCUGGUUGCUACAACUUGCUUUAGGCCUGAUCGCAAGCAUUCCUUCGAUGUUGCAGAUGGUUUGCAAGCUUGGUAUGCGUUGCUCCUGGCAGAUAAUCAGGCCUGAUGUCACGAUCCUGAACCCACCGCGAAAACCAAGAAUGGGCUUGUGGUGGAGGCCAGGGCUCCUCCCGCUAGUCCCAAGGUAUUUCAUGCUGCUGCACACACUUUUAGAGGAUUCAGACAAGGGCCUUCUCUUGGGCUUGCGAGAGGGUGUUUCUUCUGGAGACCUAAGUUUGGCCGAGUCCCUGACAUUAAUGGUACAGCUGAUGGUGAACAUGACAUCAGCCAAUGCAUUGAGUUCGUUGCUCUUUCGCCUUGCGACAGAGACGGAUUCAGCGCAGGAGGUCUUCGCAAAUUUCCCUGCCAGCGGUGAUGCCUUCAUACAGGAAGUUCUGCGAUUGGAUGCUCCCUUGCAAAGAAAUCCUCGAAGAUGUGUCAGCAUCGGCAAGAAGUGGCAGGAUGCUGGUCUAAAAGAAGGGAAUCAGGUCUUGCUGUUCCUUGGUGCGGCCAACAUGGACCCUGCUGUAUUCCGCAGCCCAGCAGACUUCAGGAUUGAUCGGGCAGACGAGUCGCCUGCGCUCACCUUUGGCAGCGGGAUGCACUAUUGCUUGGGGAGCAACCUGGUGAAGCUGGAGAUGCGACUGGCGCUGGAACAUCUUACCAGCAGCUACAAAUCAAUUGCGCUGGAUGGUCACUACCAGCGGAUUGCAGAUGUCGACGUUGGGAACUGGGGAUUCUGUCAUUUGCCAAUCCGCUUGAAGUGACUCGUGGGCAAAAGCCGAGCGUUGGAGCUGAAGCUCAUGAAACGGUGUCCCAGUGUGCAGAAAAAGGCUGCAGCCGAGGAACAGGUCUAUGAUCAACCAUGCAAGUUCAUACCUAGCACGCCGGAUGCACAGUGUACCAUGCAAAGCAUGACACAGAUUGAUGCCCUUGCAAACACUGGAAAUGGGAGCAAAGACGGGCUGAACUGGACAUUCUUGAGCUACAGCAAGAAUCUUUGGCAACUGUUUGUUGAUCUAGUCACACCCUCCUUGACUCCGUGAUCACUGUCACAAAUCCAGUUACGCUCUUGAGGAAGAUUCUCUCAGGCAACAUGCAGAGAAACAAGGAGAGUCAACCAGCAUAAUGAGAAACUGCAAACACAGAACUGAG